AGAGAGAAAAAGAAAAGUGCAGUGCAGCGAGCUGGCAGCCUGGCCGGGAGGACCUGCGCCGGCCCGAGUCGAAGCACCGGCGAUGAACUAUGUGGGGCAGCUGGCGGAGACGGUGUUUGGGACAGUGAAGGAGCUGUACCGGGGCCUGAACCCGGCCACACUGAGUGGCGGCAUCGAUGUGUUGGUGGUGCAGCAGGAGGACGGCUCCUUCCGGUGCUCCCCCUUCCACGUGCGCUUCGGCAAGCUGGGCGUCCUGCGCUCCCGGGAGAAGGUGGUGGACAUCGAGAUCAAUGGGGAGCCAGUGGACUUGCACAUGAAGCUGGGGGACAGCGGGGAGGCCUUCUUCGUCCAGGAGCUGCAGGAUGAGGAGGAACGCGUGCCCCCCCGCCUGUGCACUUCCCCCCUCCCUUGGGGGGGCCUGCCUGGGCUCCCCUCGGACUCCCAGGUGGGCACAACCAGCGAGCCCGAGGCCAUCACGGGGGGCACAGCCUCCACGGGGCGGAAGAAGAGGCGUCGCAGGAGGAAACCGCGGCGGAAGGAGGAGACCGUGGCGACCGACUCGAGUUCCGAUGAACUGGACGCAGGCGCUGAGCCUGAACUGUCCCCGUCAGAGAAGCCGAGGCCUGAGCCUCCGGGCAGCAUCCAGUUGGAAGGAGAGUCCUCACCACAGCCCAAAGACAUCUACCACUACUCGGAUGGCGAGUGGCCCCCCCAGACCAGCCUCUCGUCCGGUGACCUGACAUCCCCCAAGAGCGACUCUGAGCUGGAGCUACGGACCCCAGAGCCCAGCCCCCUGCGAGCCGAGUCCCACAUGCAGUGGGCCUGGGGGAGGCUCCCUAAGGUGGCCAAAGCUGAGCGCACGGAGUCCUCGGACCUCCCCGAGAACCGCACGGGAGACAUUCCUUCCCCAGGAGAGCCCCACGCGCCUCCCACUCCCGGGCCUACUCUCAGCCCCGGGGCCCCCCCAGUCCUGCACACUGGGCCUGGCACUGAGCUACAGCCUCCCACAGAGGGGCCCGCUGUGGUGGUUCCUCCUGCCCAACCCAAGCCUCACAGUGCCCGGGACGCAGGCCCCCCUCUCGCCUCGAAGUCCUGGAGCUGGGCAGCCCUGGAGGUCCCCGCUCCUCCCCGGCCACCAGAGGGGGUCUCCGGGAGGAAAGGCUCACUGAGGAGAAGCCAGCACCUGGGCCCCAGUGACAUCUACCUGGAUGACCUUUCCUCCCUGGAUUCUGAGAACGCUGCCCUCUACUUCCCCAAGAGCGACAGCGGACUGGGUGCUAGGAGGUGGAGUGAGCCCAGCAGCCAGCUGCCCCCGGCGGACCCCAACCCUGAGCAGGAACCGGAGCCCAGUCGAGACACGGUAGACACAGUGGCCCUGUCCCUGUGCGGGGGCCUGGCUGACAGCCGCGACAUCUCCCCAGAGAAGUUCCAGCAACACGCCGUUUCCUACCACGACCUCACCCAGAACCCCGGCCUGCUGGACGACCCGAACCUGGUGGUGAAAGUGAAUGAGAAACACUACAGCUGGGCGGUGGCUGCCCCCAUGAUCCUCUCCAUGCAGGCCUUCCAGAAGAACUUGCCCAAGAGCACCGUGGACAAGCUGGAGAAGGAGAAGAUGCCGCGUAAGGGGGGCCGCUGGUGGUUUUCCUGGCGCCGCAGGGACUUCUCAGCCGAGGAGCGCAGUGCCCAGAGGGAGAAAACCAAAGCCCGGGAGCAGCGGGGGGAGAAGGCGGAUGUGCUGAGCAGUGAGGACGACGCCCCGGAUAGCCCUGUGGUCCUGGAGGUCCCCUCUCUGCCACCCUCGCCUCCAGCCUACACGCCGACCUACAAGAAGUCACUCCGCCUCUCCUCUGAUCAGAUCCGGCGGCUGAACCUGCAAGAGGGGGCCAAUGACGUGGUCUUCAGCGUGACCACCCAGUACCAGGGCACCUGCCGCUGCACGGCCACCAUCUACUUGUGGAAAUGGGAUGAUAAAGUGGUCAUCUCUGACAUUGAUGGCACCAUCACCAAGUCAGACGCCCUCGGCCACAUCCUGCCCCAGCUGGGAAAAGACUGGACACACCAGGGCAUCACCAGCUUGUACCACAAAAUCCACCUAAAUGGGUACAAGUUCCUGUACUGCUCAGCGCGCGCCAUCGGCAUGGCUGACCUCACCAAGGGGUACCUGCGGUGGGUGAGCGAGCGGGGCUGUGGCCUUCCCAGAGGCCCCAUCUUGCUGUCUCCCAGCAGCCUCUUCUCCGCCCUCCACAGGGAGGUGAUCGAGAAGAAGCCAGAGGUGUUCAAGAUCGCCUGCCUGAGCGACAUCCGGCAGCUCUUUGGGGGCCGACAGCCCUUCCACGCCGCCUUUGGGAACAGGCCCAAUGAUGUCACAGCCUACCGGCAGGUGGGCCUCCCCGAGUCCCGCAUCUUCACUGUCAACCCCCGGGGGGAACUCAUCCAGGAGCUCAUCAAGAACCACAAGUCCACGUAUGAGCGGCUCGGCGAGGUGGUAGAGCUCCUCUUCCCCCCCGUGGCCCGUGGCCCCUGCAUGGACCUGGCUGACCCCGAGUACAGUGACUUCUGCUACUGGCGACAGCCCCCAACCACAGUGGACUUUGAUGCCCUGGCCUGAACCUGCCCUGCCUAACUCCCUCCAGACUCGGCCUGGAACUCACUACAACUCCCGGGGCCCCGGGGGUGCCAGGACCCCCAAGGAAGGGACAGCAGGGGCUGCCCCGCACAGACCCACCUGCUCCUCCAUCCAGGCCUGCUGCCAGGCCUCAACACCACCUUAGCCAGAGGCCAUCGAUGACCGUCACCAAGCAGGCUGCUCUAUAC